AUGGGCCUGGCCGAGGCCCUGCGCCGCCUGAGCGGCACCCUGGAGUCGGGGUCCGGCGGGGCAGGCGACGAGGAGGCCGGGCUCGGGUUGUGCCGCAACGGAUGGGCCCCGGCCCAGUCGCCACCAGCGGGGCGGCGCGGCGGGCGCUUCGUCAAGAAGGACGGCCACUGCAACGUGCGCUUCGUGAACCUGGGCGGCCAGGGCGCGCGCUACCUGAGCGACCUGUUCACCACGUGCGUGGACGUGCGCUGGCGCUGGAUGUGCCUGCUCUUCUCCUGCUCCUUCCUCGCCUCCUGGCUGCUCUUCGGCCUGGCCUUCUGGCUCAUCGCCUCGCUGCACGGCGACCUGGCCGCGCCGCCGCCGCCCGCGCCCUGCUUCUCCCACGUGGCCAGCUUCCUGGCCGCCUUCCUCUUCGCGCUGGAGACGCAGACGUCCAUCGGCUACGGCGUGCGCAGCGUCACCGAGGAGUGCCCGGCCGCCGUGGCCGCCGUGGUGCUGCAGUGCAUCGCCGGCUGCGUCCUGGACGCCUUCGUCGUGGGCGCCGUCAUGGCCAAGAUGGCCAAGCCCAAGAAGCGCAACGAGACGCUCAUCUUCAGCGAGAACGCCGUGGUGGCGCUGCGCGACCGCCGCCUCUGCCUCAUGUGGCGCGUGAGGAACCUGCGCCGCAGCCACCUGGUCGAGGCCCACGUGCGCGUCCAGCUGUUGCAGCCUCGGGUGACCCCCGAAGGGGAGUACAUACCCCUGGACCACCGGGACGUGGACGUGGGCUUCGAUGGCGGCACGGAUCGCAUCUUCCUGGUGUCUCCCAUCACCAUCGUGCACGAGAUCGACUCCUCCAGUCCCCUCUAUGAGCUGGGGCGUGCGGAGCUGGCCCGGGCCGACUUCGAGCUGGUGGUCAUUCUCGAGGGCAUGGUGGAGGCCACGGCUAUGACCACGCAGUGUCGCUCUUCCUAUCUCCCCGGCGAGCUGCUCUGGGGCCAUCGUUUUGAGCCCGUCCUCUUCCAGCGUGGCUCCCAGUAUGAGGUGGACUAUCGCCACUUCCACCGCACUUACGAGGUCCCGGGGACCCCGGUCUGCAGCGCCAAGGAGCUGGAUGAGCGGGCAGAGCGGGAUUCCCACAGCCCCAAGUCGAGCUUCCCUGACUCGCUGACUGCAUUUUGUUACGAGAAUGAACUUGCUCUGAGUUGCUGCCGGGAGGAAGAGGAAGCCAAGGAGGGAGAUGAGUCGGAGGCAGAAGAGGGGGCUGGCAGCCCCCGAGGACUCACCCCCACCCUGUCUCUGACCCUGCCCCCAUGAUGCCAGCUGGUGUUCCCCCAUUUGUAUCCCCUUCCCAGAGGUAGCAAAACGGAGAGCCCGGGCCCUCUCCUGGGACCGGCAGGCCUGCUGGGUAAAUUAUUAGCUGGUGAAGUUCUGCCUGCCUAGUGGACCCACCGUGGACACACUGGAUCUUAAUUCCUCUGUGUUGUGUGCUCCUGCCUGAGACCCCUGUAUCGGCCUGAUUCCUGAGUCUGACCAGAGCUAAGGGAUCCAGGAUCCUGGACCACCCAAGAGGCAAGGACUGGUGGUUCUAGAUUCUUCUAUAUGGCUGGCGUGGGUUGUUGAGCAGGGUCCAGAAUCAGUGACAUAGACUGCUUCUGGGGGAGGAAGUCAGCAGUUCUCCAGCAGCGAGUGAGAUCGAGAGUUUAUAGGCCUGGAUUGGUUUAAUAUUCAAGGGACUCUUGCGUCUUGGCUCAGCCAACCAGGAAGCAAGUCAUCUUUUUCUAGACCGCCUCAGGAGGAAAAAGUAUGGAACGCUCCAAGAAUUCAGGACUAACUUGAUGGACCUGGAAUGUUGACUGCCAGUCAAGAAAAGACCUGUGAUUCCAGAAAGCCCAUGUUUUGAGAUUGUUCAUCUAGACCAGUGGUCGGCAAACUGCGGCUCGCGAGCCACAUGCGGCUCUUUGGCCCCUUGAGUGUGGCUCUUCCACAAAAUACCACCUGCGAGUGCGCACGUACAGUGCGAUUGAAACUUCGUGG